CUAUGUAAUCGCCCCUUUGGCAUUACCUCAAGGUCGAUAGGCCCUCCAAGUUUCUGGUUUGAGCUAUAAGAACCAUCGAUCAACUCGACUGUUUGGUCGAUCACUCCUCGAAUUUGGGUGCUGGAAGUUCUCGUACAUCGGCGAAGUUCUCCUCCAAUUCUUUCGCGGUGUCAGGGCAAAAUCUCAACUCUGUCGCCGUUUACAUACGAUGCCUUAUUCUACCGUGUUGAACUUUGUGCUGACUGCUGCUAUUUGGUGCACCUGCUACGCUGCCCUAACUAUUCUGUCGUUUUGGUUCUUCUAAUCAUUCUUUCGGAUUCCUUCUCGGCUAUAUGCAAUGGGUUAUGCUCAACUCGUCAUCGGUCCCGCUGGAAGCGGCAAGUCUACUUACUGUUCUAGCUUGUACCAACAUUGCGAAACCGUGAGGAGGACAAUUCAUAUGGUGAACCUUGAUCCUGCUGCAGAACACUUCAGCUAUCCUGUUGCCAUGGAUAUUAGAGAACUUAUAUCUUUAGAUGAUGUAAUGGAGGAACUUGGCCUUGGACCUAAUGGCGGUCUUAUGUACUGUAUGGAGCAUCUUGAAGAUAAUUUGGAUGACUGGCUAACUGAGCAAUUAGAGAACUAUUUGGAUGAUGAUUAUCUUGUCUUUGAUUGUCCAGGUCAGAUAGAGCUUUUUACACAUGUUCCAGUUUUGCGAAACUUUGUAGAACAUCUUAAACGCAAAAAUUUCAAUGUCUGUGCUGUAUACUUGCUUGAUUCACAGUUUAUAACUGAUGUCACCAAGUAUAUAAGUGGCUGUAUGUCAUCUCUUUCAGCAAUGAUUCAGCUGGAACUGCCUCAUGUGAAUAUUCUCUCAAAAAUGGACCUUGUAAAAAAUAAAAAAGAUCUUGACUAUUAUCUGGAACCUGAGGCUCGGGUUUUACUGUCGGAAUUGAACAAACAUAUGGCACCUCAAUAUGCCAAACUAAACAAAGUUUUGGCUGAAUUGGUUGAUGAGUUUAGCAUGGUGAAUUUUGUGCCACUUGAUCUCAGGAAAGAAAGCAGUUUACAGUAUGUGCUGUCAAUGAUUGACAACUGCAUACAAUAUGGGGAGGAUGCUGAUGUGAAAAUUAGAGAUUUUGAUCCUGAUGCAGAUAAUUAAUCUGCAAAGGAGCAAAGGUUAAGUGUUAUUUGCUAUAAAGAGUAUACUGGAGAGCCUCAUAAAUGUGGGCCUAUUAUAAUAUAUUAUGAUAAUUUGGAUGGAACAGGAGCUACCAGUGGAUUGUGUCUGCUCAACAAACAUGCUAUGUUUAUGUGGUGUUUGGAGGCAGUACAAUGGUCCAUUUCUGGUGAAAGAUAAGCUUCAGUUUUACCUUUUAUUUGUGAAGCAUAUGUUGGUCCUUUUUCUUGAAGACAUUUUAGAGAUUUUUCUUUGCUGAAUUGGACUUGUUAUCAUCAGCAUAAAUGAAAUAUUUGUGAGUAUUGACUAU